AUGGAAGCAAUCUCAGCGGUCGCAAGCUUCAUUGCGAUCGGAAAAGCACUUGCGGCUACGCCAAAGAUCAUUGAUAUAUUGAAAUCCCCAUUUGGGGCUAAGCAUGAGAUGAUCCAGCUAACGAAUGAGCUGGUGUUAUUGAAUGAGUUCGGCAUCCGCAUAAGAGAGAGGAUCCAAGAUUUACCAGAUGAUCCGAGAUUCCAAAUACCCCAAUGUAUCUCGCUAUCGAUGAUUGAGGCUAACAUGGCAUCGAUUAUAUCGCAACUCGAAGAGCUUUGCCGCAAAUGCCAGCAAGAGGCGAGAGGAAAUGGCCCUAUUAAAGUCUCCAGGGUGAGGUGGUUCUUGUAUAGACCAAAGAUUACUUCACUGAGCAAAAGGGCAACAAUGAACCGGGAAUACCUACACGCGAUUCUCGAUAGCGCAUCUUUCUUUGCGUCGACGUCAAAUGGAAGGAUGCUCCUGGAUAUACAUACAAUAAUAACUACCCAUACGCAGCAACCAAGCCGAACCCUGGCUCCUUUACAGUUCAUGAACCAGGAAAAUCAUGGCAAUAAGAGUCCAGCUCGCAUUAUUAGCGACGGCGAUAGCUCCGAGGCAAUAGCUAGUACUACUGAUACUACUAUCAUAACACAGGAAACCUCUUCGCAGCUAACUUCAUCAAACGUGUCUAGAGAGGGCUCGCUGUGUGUGAACUACGACGAGGAAGCGGUCGAGAACCAUGAGCCAUUAGUACAAAUCACGGCUGCGUUGCGAAGAGUUUGUGCUAAAGAUUGUGGAUGCCAAUGCCACUCGUCUACUUCCCGAACCCGACCGCACCCUGCUACCUCAGUCAUUUAUGGAUGGCUUAACUCUGUUUAUAAUGGUGCUCCACGAUCCGGUGCGCAGAGUUGCGAUGUGCCUACCUGUCAACGAGCUCGCUCACCUCGUCACUUCAACUUUCGCGUCCCUCUCCUCUUCUGUUCUCGGGUGCUUGAGGCGACUUUGUCCUUUAGCAGUAUUGUCGGCGCCGGCGCUUCCCUUCACCUACGUGUCCCACGCAUUAUUUCUGAUUGCGAAAAUAUUGGAUUUUAUAUAAUGAAAGGUAAUACCGAAGGGAUUUGUUGGGAGAUGUCUUACCGCAGGUUAUCUCCUUUUGACCAAAUUGGUGGCACGAAUAUUUUAUAUUACCUUCUGCGUUGGCGAGUGUACGAUUCAAUACCGUUCAUCUUAAACGGCGCGAUGUCAAUUCUUCGGGGUACUGAUACCGGGAAACAAGCAGCAGUACUGGCUAGAUAUUACAUGAGCUAUUGCCGUCCGGACAGCAGGGAGCAGACCAUUCUACGAGAAGUCAUUGCACUUGAUGAUGAAAGCGAGGAUGAUUCCUGGCCGGUUCAUGAGGCAGUACGAAGAGGGGGUGAUUUAAUCAAAGCUCUAAAGGAGUCACCAGACGAUAUCGACGUACUUGAUAACACCGGAAACACCCCUCUACAUCUGGCCCUGUUGAGAUGCGACAAUGCUGCGAUGCAAAUCUUAAUAUCCCAAGGUGCAAACUUAAAUUGCUUUGAUAUACGUGGCCAUACACCCUUAAGGCUAGCAUUGUUGCUCCUAGGAUACGAUCAAGCCCAACUUUUAAUUGACGGCGGAUGCGAUAUAAACGUUGUCGACUAUCUUCGUAUAUCGGCUCUCCGCGGGGUGGCGACAUCCGCAUCAAAAGGGUCAGCAAAGGCCGUUAGUCUACUCUUAAAUCACGGUGUUAACACUUUUGAUUGUUUCGGAAAUGCAUUACACUGGCUUGCGGCGGCUGGUUCCGCGGCUGAUAUAGAGGAGAAGUUUCAUUUGUUUGUCGAUGCUGGGGUAAACAUUGAAGGGGAGAAUAGAUUUAACCGUACAGUUCUGAUGGAGGCGCUCUACAGUAGAAACGGACACAUGCUUCGCUUGCUAGUUGGUGCUGGCUAUAGGUUCGAUGGACUCCCGAGUAACAAGAACGCCUUGAUACAAGCUGCGUGGUAUGGUUAUACAGAAAGUAUUGACACCAUAGAACAAACUAAGUUCACAGCGGACGUUCGUAUGCGGAACGAAUACGGACGGACACCAUUAGAAACGUUUGAAUGGAGGAUGGAUGCCGAUCCGGUGAAAGAUGCAAUCUACCCUCUUCUAGACGAUGAUAUCGAGGCAUUUUGGAAGUUGCUCCAGGGUGUCAGGGACCGCUAUCUAACCGCCGAGAUCCAGGCUUUGGAAAAGGUCAUCGCGCAUAUCGAGGCUGAGGAAACCGGAAUUGCGCGCGAGACUCUCCAAUCCGUUAUACAAGAAAAGCUAGAUUGGAAUAUUCCAGCCGAGUACAGAACCUUCCGGGCCAUCGAUGUCCAGAUAAAGGAGGGGAUGGCGGAGGCUGCCAUUGAAUCUCUCGAGGAAUUUAUUGAGGUGUCUGAGGACAGGAUUGGCUCGCACCCUCAAGACGGUGACUACUUUUAUCAAUGUGGUGAUUGGAACCAAGGGCUGGUGAUCCAAGACGCGCAAUAG